AGUUCUCACGAGAAAGGGUGUAUAAUUUGCGUUGUUUGAUAUUUAUUAUGAAAAUUUCCGUCAACGAGCCCAUUUCGAAUAUACUGUCGAAAUUUCAGUGACAACGAUUCAAGAAAAACAACUAAAAAGAGCUCUUUCAUGGUUUGCAAAAUGGUUCCAGGUGAUAACACUCCUGCUGUCAAAGAUUCGGAAAGCAUGAUUUUUAGUGGCAAUCCGAGUGCAACUUCGUCUAGUGGUCAACAUGGAGAGAUACGGAUGGCUUUAAUAGUUGUUCAGGAUAUGACGACAGCUACUCUGCAAAUUGGCCAUACAAGCCUUUCGUUGGCCUCCACUGCGUCAGUAAGAACACUGGUGCAGCAGGUCGCCACAUCAACAAACUACAUGAAUGGCACGUUCUCUUUACUUUUACAGUCAACAAAUUCGGAAUCUAGUUCUGUACUGUUGAAUGAACGUCUUCAUGAGACGCUCGAGGCUGUCGGCUUUGUAUGUGAUAAUGGGCAUACAAGAAACAAUCUUAUCAUCGCUAACACUGGUUCUGAACCUCCUAAAAAGGAAUCACCCGUCAAACCAGAAUUUUCGACAUUUUGUUCGAAACGAACCAUGGAUCGUACCACAGAUUCAAAUACAACAUUGUCGAAUAGAACAUGCUCCAAAAGAAUCACAGAUUCUUCUCCAGAUGGCGAUGUCAAACCGACAGAUAGAAUUAGCGACGUGCUUUCUUCCCGCCGAAGAGGAUUCGUUGGGUUGGUGAAUCAGGCAAUGACGUGUUACCUCAAUAGCUUAAUUCAAACCUUGUUCAUGACACCCGAGUUCCGUAAUGCCAUGUACAGGUGGCAUUUUGACGGUACGGAAGAGGAACAGGCCAAGUCAAUUCCCUUUCAAUUGCAAAGUCUCUUCCUCAUGCUUCAAACGACGGACAAAUCUUCAAUUGGGACUACAAAUUUGACACGCAGUUUUGGUUGGGAUUCAAGUGAAGCUUGGCAACAACAUGACAUCCAGGAGCUCUGCCGAGUCAUGUUUGACGCGCUCGAACAUAAAUUUAAAAAUACGGAGCAAUCAGAUCUGAUCUCUCGACUAUAUGAGGGAAAGAUGAUGGAUUACGUUCGCUGCUUGGAAUGCCGAACAGAUAAAGCACGCGAAGACACUUUCCUCGAUAUCCCGCUCCCAGUUCGUCCCUUUGGGUCUCAGACGGCAUACGCCUCAAUUGAAGAGGCCUUAAAGGCAUUUGUGGCACCGGAAACGCUGGACGGCAAUAACCAGUAUUGGUGCGAAAAAUGUGGGAAGAAGUGUGACGCCCACAAGGGUCUCAAGUUUUCACGUUUCCCCUACUUACUAACUUUACACCUCAAGCGAUUCGAUUUUGAUUAUACAACACUUCAUCGCAUAAAAUUGAAUGACAAGGUCACCUUCCCAGAAUUCCUACAUUUAGACUCGCUUCUCGUUGAUGAUCGAAAUGGUGAUCCAAAUGCUUCUAAUAAAGACUCCCAAGAUACGGCUAUUGAAGACUCAAUGUCUGAAGCUAGCGGGUCGUCGCGUGCAAAUUCGAGUAACGGAAUUGAAUCUCAAGAUGAUGAUGAAGGCAUCGAUGUAAGGACAGAAGGAUGUACUUCGAGCACGUCCUGUGCUUCAGGUGCUAGUAGUGGCGAUCAAAAUCGCAAGAACCGUAGACAAGGCCAAUACAAUUAUGAACUAUUCUCUAUCAUGAUCCAUUCCGGUAGUGCAUCCGGUGGCCAUUACUACGCUUAUAUUAAAGAUUUUCUUACACGUGAAUGGCAUUGUUUCAACGACCAGACAGUGUCUAGCAUUACGUACGAUGAUAUUAGGAAGACUUACGGAGGAGGACCUUCGCGAAGUGCCGGUUAUUUUACCAGUGCCUAUACCUCUAGUACCAACGCCUAUAUGCUUAUGUACAGACGGAUUGAUAAAGAACGUAACGUGAAUUUCAUGUCCCCGAGUGAAUUUCCCGAGCACCUUCAACAACUUCUCCUACGAAUGCAAGAAGAAGAAAAAAGCCAACGGGCUGUCGAAGAACAGGAAAGGAACACUUGCCGCAUCCAGUUAUAUUGCCAUCAUCCAAAACGUGGUCGCAUUGACUUGCCAUUAAAACUUCACAAAGAAAUUACCCUGCGCCAAGCUGUUUCAAUCGCAUAUGAACAGAUUGGCGAUCUGUCCGAUAUUGGCGUCCCAUUGAGCCGCUGCCGGCUAGUCAAGUAUAAUGAACUUUACGACAAUGUAGAGUGCAGCUGGGAUAAUCGAAUGGAGGAAACAGUCGACGAUAUCUUUGACGGAGUUCGUUCUUCCUACAAGUUUGACUUGCUCCUAGAAAUUGUGCCAGAAGGUCAAACUUUUCAAAUUUAUGCUCCUGGAAGUCUUAAUGCUAAGGUCUUUAUGGUGGAUGUGGAUGCAAAAGAACAACUUUACCUGCCAGUUUCCAUUCGUAUGCCUUUCAGCAGUACGGUUCAAGAUCUUAAGCUCAGCAUUAAAUCUACAAUGAACAUUGCCGAGGAUCCCGAUCACAUCCAUCUAGUAACCAUAAGUUAUUCUAACGAAUUACGUAGAUUGACGCAAAAAGACCGUAGUUUAAGGAGCGAAGGCUUCCAGAGAGCGGAGAAGGUAUACGCUACCGUAUUUCCCUCCAGCGAUGAGAGCGAAUUCUUAUCGUCCUGCAAGCCUCGCCUGUAUGACCUUAUCGAUCAAUAUGAAAAUGCCCUGACUGUUCGUAUGACGCUACCCAAAGCCGAUAAAGAGACACUAGAUCGCUUGGGUAUCGAUAUUGUUCUUCCUGUAAUCCCCACGGCUUCCAAUUCUCCAAACGCAGUCAGAACAGCUUCUCCAAUGGAGUCGUACAGUCCCGAGGAUGCUGCCUCGGACGACUCCCUAUCCCACCUGGAGCGUGAACGCGCCUUGUCCGAGGGCGAGGAAGAAGAAGAAGAAAAUCGUCGACGUCGUCUAGGAGACAUUGAAGACUUUGCCGUCAACUCCGCCAACUCCCAAGAAUGCUAUUCAGAAGGCGAAGAACUUCCUCAGCGUCUUCCCAAUUCUACCUCAUCUGCCUCAGCCAGUGAAGACAGCAGUUUGAGCUUGACUAAUAGUGAACGUACCCUAUUAGGUGAUCCUCCUGAGGUAGGAGAAGAGGACUGUGAUGUUGAGAUCGGUCUCGCCUCCCGAAGAAGGAACGCUUUAGUUCAAGCGGGACCUGAAUCUGUUGAUUCCGUACCGGAGCUGGAGCCUGUCAAAUAUUUUUUCAAGGUGAUUUCAAGCAGGGAAGAUGCAGACGAGAGAAUAUGUACAGCCAUGGUUGACAAACGAAUUCCCUUGGCAAGUUUCAAAUCUGAACUAGAGGUGCUCCUCAACGUUCCUGCCGAGUUUCUUUUACUGUACAAGAAGACCCCCACCACGGCAUCGACUUUCGGUACAACCGAACGUGAAUGGGCUCAACAAAACGAGACGCUGGAAACCCUAGGAGACGACCCACAAAUAGCUGUUCGACUUGGCAGGGCACUUAGACCAGGCGAAGUCCGCGGAAAGAUUUAUCAGCUGAAAAUCAAUGAUACUCAAGAGCGGACACAGUUAUUGUUUGAAUGGGUGUUGUCAUCUGGUAUUCAAAUCGGAAAAAUGAAACGAGACAUUUUGGUCGAAUUGAAGAGUCGUCACGGUGUUGAAAUCCCUCCUGAGAAAUGUGUUUUGCGCAAGAAGCACUGGCGCACACCUUCGACUGUCUAUGGAGACGAAAACGAAGUACUGGAUACGGAAUUGCUGUACAUUUUCAAAAACUGGGAAAUGUUUUUACAAGUACUGGAUGUGAAUGACCCCUAUGACGUUGCGUCCAAAUAUCGAGGAGCCGAAACUGUCAUUUUCACCCGUCGGUGGCGACCGAGUACGUUUACGCUGGAACCGUUUGUUGACACACCUCUGGCUGAAUUUAAUCGUAUUGUACUGGAAAAAUUUUUCGAAAUGAGCGGUUUAAAACCUGACCAGAUCGAGAUAGCUAAGGCACCUGGGACGUUCCCAUGUGAAGGGUCCCUUCUAGGAAUCCAUGACGAUAUUACAUGGGUGCCGUUGCUGACGACUGGUUUUGACGAUGACGGCUCCUUCAAAUACCCUUGCUCUGUGCAGACGGACGGGGACGUGGUCUAUUGGCGUGAAAAAGGCGAACUGCUCAAGAAACUGACGGAACAGGAGCGCAGAGAGAUUCUUAGCCGAGAGAAUACCGAUGCAAGCGUCUCCGGAACUUCCUAUCCAUCUGUAUCCGCUUCACCUCGCAAGGAACGCCCGCUAAGAAUCUUUAUAGACUCGCCUAAAUCCACCAGCGUAAAAGAAACUGUUGAACCCGACUUGGAUUGAUCCUACAAAGCUAUAUAUAUAUAUAUAAAUAUAUAUGAAGUAUAUACCUCUCGAUGAAAAUUCUAUUCAAAUGGAGCGUAGGAAUUUUUUCAAGAGCAUCUUUAAAAGGCAAUGGAUGAGGCAUGUGCUGAAAAACAAUCUUCUUUUCUUAACCUUUCCCCUGCUCUAUUUCGCUACGCUCUCAUUCAACAACAAACCUUCUUCUCAAACAAUCAGCCUUAUGUGGAAAAAGUAAUAAUAAAACAUAACUAUUUGUCACGAGAAAUUUCGUUUUUCAUUACUCUUAAACAUGGAAUGUCGAGAAGUGUUCAUCACCGUUACAUUCAGAAUAAAAAUAUACGAUGAUGAAGACGGCGUAA